AUGAGCCUGUCAACUUCCCAGGUGGAAGUGCUUGUAGUUAACAGACUGAACUUGGAACUCCUCAAGCAGUACACUCAGUGGAGGCAGAGAAGGCACUGCAGAAGGCUUUCCAAGAAUCUUCUAACAUGGCAAGGAGAGGCUCUGUCCCAUCUUACCAGGUAAUAUUCCUGUUCACUUUUGCCAUUGGUGUCAAUAUCUGCUUAGGAUUCACAGCAAGUCGAAUUAAGAGGGCAGACACAUUGGAUGAAAGCUCUUCUGCAGUGUUAUCAGACUCCCCCUGGACCAACACCUCUGGAUCUUGCAAAGGCAGAUGCUUUGAACUUCAAGAGGCUGGCCCUCCUGACUGUCGCUGUGACAACCUGUGUAAGAGCUAUAGCAGUUGUUGCCAUGACUUUGAUGAACUCUGUUUGAAGACAGCUCGUGGCUGGGAGUGUAUGAAGGACAGAUGUGGAGAAGUACGAAAUGAGGAAAAUGCCUGUCACUGCUCUGAGGACUGCUUGGCCAGGGGAGACUGCUGUACCAAUUAUCAAAUGAUCUGCAAAGGAGAAUCACAUUGGGUAGAUGAUGACUGUGAAGAGAUAAAGGUCCCUGAAUGCCCAGCAGGGUUUGCGCGCCCUCCGUUAAUCAUCUUCUCCGUGGAUGGGUUCCGUGCCUCAUACAUGAAGAAAAGCGGCAAGGUCAUGCCUAACAUCGAAAAGCUUCGGUCCUGUGGCACACAUUCUCCCUACAUGAGGCCCGUGUACCCCACAAAAACCUUCCCUAACUUAUACACUUUGGCCACCGGUCUGUAUCCAGAAUCCCACGGAAUUGUAGGCAAUUCAAUGUACGAUCCUGUAUUUGAUGCUACUUUCCAUCUUCGAGGGCGAGAGAAAUUUAAUCAUAGAUGGUGGGGAGGUCAACCGGCCAGACUCCCAGAAGUCUAUGAUGACCUAGGUUGUGAUCAUAGUGAAAUUUGUUGA